AUGGUGGCCGGAGGGAGCUUCUUUCAAAAUGACGAGCGCCAAGGCAGAAGUAUGCUCAGCAACAACUCCAACAACAGUGACGUCAAGGUCACCUACAUCGACGACCUCGUGGCCGCGCCGGUGCUCGCAGAGCUCUUGCGACGCGAGUAUGCCGGGCUGGACGUCGCCACCCGCCGCGCUGUGCUGCGGCUCAGUGCCGUGGUGCCUGCGGUGACCGCUCUGGGGCCGCGCCGGGAGGUCCUGCACCAUGGCCGAGCUUGGUGGAUGCGGUGGUCACUCAGGGGCCGGGAUGAGUCGCGCCUGCCGCGCGUGGUCCCUGAGGCGGCCGCUCCGGGGCCGAGCCGGGGCUGCGACGAGCCGCGCCAGGGCCGAGCGUGCGGGCUGCGGUGGCCGCUCCAGGAGCACGCCAGGAAGUUGCGAUGUCCUUCUCAGUUCGUGGUGGGGCCCUCCUACUGCACUGUGCGGACCAAUAACUGCGCAAUGGGCCUCACCGGUCACCGGUGCAACGUGGUCUCCAUGCAAGAGGAUUCGGUGCCCCUGCCUCCUCCAUCACGUGGACACGCGCCGGCCACGUCAACACCGAUUCCGUUCACGGCGGCGGCAGCCAAAUGA